AAGAGCCAAUAACUCGUGCGCAAAGAGAGGAAUCGUAGACUUUCAAACAAACACAUGUGCAAUACUCAAGAAACGUUGAACAAAGGCUCCUUUGUUCUCUGGUGUUUUCGCAUUUUAAUUCUUUAACUCGAUUCUGAUGUUUGUGUUGGCCUCAGUGUUGCGCCUCGUUUGUGCGUGCGCGAUCGAUCAGUCUGUCAUGUUUUUAUAAUUGAAUAUACGCGCAAAGUUUUUUUUACGCGAGACUGAUGACGUUUCCGGCCUUCGAGACGACUGAUAAAGCUUGCUUCUCAUUAGUGAUGUACGUUUAAUCUAUUGACAAGUAAGCGGACUUUUCGUGUUAAGUGAACGUCGGGAAAGAUGCGCUUCCGCGAUGCUGCCCGCGUGUUUCUAACUCUUGGCUGUAGAGUGUGAUAACCGAUUUCGAGAGAUUUUAUUCGAUAUUAAUGGUGAUAAUCCGUUCAGCGCUAUACAAUGGAUUUCUUUAUCAAGAUCUUGUUGCUAACGGUCGGGGCGCUUCUUAUAUGUUUUGCAAAAUGUGCGGAAACUUUCGCUAAAGGAAUGAACAGCAGCCUGGAAACCGGCGCAGAUCGGGGCAAUAUAACGUCGACAUUCUUAAAUAUCGAUCGAAGGAAGAAUGGGGAUCAGCGUUACUGGUACGAGCACUUGGACGACGUGGACAAAAUGCUGAAAAGCAAAACCGAUAUCCUGUCCCGCCGUCUGAAGAUUGACAUAGACCGGUUGCGAAAUAAGACCAAUCAGAUAGAACUGAUGUUUCUGGUCGAUGCGUCCGGUUCGGUCGGCGCGGAGAAUUUCCGCAGCGAGCUGAACUUCGUGACGAAGCUCUUGUCGGAUUUCACGGUGGACGCGACGGCCGCUCGCGUCGCGAUUAUCACUUUUGGCAGUCCAAGGAACGUAACCCGCAAUGUUGAUCAAAUCUCCAGACACGGAGGAAACGAUCACAAGUGUUACUUGCUGAACAAGCAGUUCAACGAAAUCGCUUAUAGUGGCGGAGGAACUUACACGCGUGGUGCGCUUCUCGAAGCGUUGGCGAUUCUUGAAAAAAGCCGUGAAGAAGCGAGUAAAGUGGUAUUUCUGAUCACCGAUGGCUUCAGCAACGGUGGUGAUCCACGACCUGCUGCCAAUCUCUUGAAAAACGCAGGUGCAACGGUAUUCACGUUUGGUAUCCGCACAGGCAAUGUGGAAGAACUGCACGAUAUUGCCAGUUUUCCCGGGUAUACGCAUAGUUACCUGCUUGACAGUUUUGCGGAAUUUGAGGCUUUGGCACGCCGCGCUUUACAUCGUGAUUUAAAAACUGGACAGUAUGUGCCCGUGACUUUGUCCACCGAUUGUAACAGCUUGUGCGCAGAAAGCACAACGAAUCAAACUUGCUGCGACGAUCGAGCAAUUUGUACCUGCGGCACUGCAACUGGUCAUUACGCCUGCAUUUGCCCACCUGGUUAUUUCGGUUCUGGUCUUAAAGACACCUGUCAACCAUGUCAAAAUGGAACGUAUGCUUCGGAGAACAUUUAUGGGGAUUCUACGUCAGUGUGCAUACCUUGUCCAGAUGUGAAUCAUGUUACGAUCAAAGUGCCCGCGGUUUCAGUGAACGAUUGCGUGUGUGCUUCUGGUUUUACCACAGACGGUUUGAAAUGCGAAGCUAUAACAUGCCCGAAGUUAAAAGUCCCAGAUAACGGUUAUUUGGUAAAAGCGAGUGCCUGCAGCAACGUGGUGCACGCGGCAUGUGGUAUAAGAUGCAAGAUCGGUUUCCACCUUACAGGAGACAGCAUUCGGCUUUGCAGAAAGAAUGGCUCUUGGUCCGGCAACGAACCGCAAUGUUUACUGAAGACAUGUCCAGCGAUCCGUCCACCCGCACACGGCCAUAUGAAAUGCGAACAUGAUGAAGACUAUCAGCAUCAUUUCAAAGAAGAUUCUACCGUCUAUCCGAUCGAUACUCGUUGUCUAUUCAAGUGCGACGUUGGUUACCAGCUUCGCGGCAGUAAAGUGCGCAAUUGCUUACCUUUAUCUCGAUGGGAUGGUCUGAAGGUCACUUGCAAAGCUGUGAAAUGUGAACCUCUUCCCAAACUCGAAAAUGGCGAUAUUAUCCCGGAAAUAUGUGUCGGUGCAGCGAAAGUUCCUUUCGCUAUUAACUGCAGCAUUAGCUGUCGCGAAGGUUUCAUUCUAGUAGGACCUUCCAGCAAAUCGUGCUCUGGACGCGCGGGAAUUUGGUCACAACGUCAUAAUGUUAAUCAAUGCGUGGACAAAGUGCCACCUUCCAUAAAGUGUCCAUCCGACAUCGUCAUGGAAACCGCAAAAGAUCAGAAUUACGCAUAUGUAAAUUGGUCGACACCGGAGGUGACAGAUAACGCGGCUGAACCACCCAUCGUGUGGACGAAACCGCACAUCAUUUUUCCGUGGAAGGCGAAAAUCGGCACGCGCAUUGUCGUGUAUAUAGCGCAAGAUGCGGGCGGUAACAAAGCCAGAUGCAAAUUCAAAAUCAAAGUUCUUGACAGAGAACCACCGAUGGUCGAGAAUUGUAACGACCCGCCAAUAUUUUAUACCGAACUCGGUAAGGGUCUUGAAAACGUGAUAUGGGAGGAACCUGUCUUUUAUGACAAUUCGAGGACGUCGGUGCAAGUUAAUCAAAGUCACCGGCCUGGUGAAGGCAUCUUUCCGAUUGGCCAAACAAGAGUCUUCUACAGUGCUACCGAUAAGUAUGGCAAUCUGGCAAAUUGUGUGUUGAAUAUUACAGUAGAAGAUGUGUGUGAAAGCUUGAAAGCACCUGUUAAUAGCCGGUUAAAUUGCUCCUCGACGGGCGAUCACGAGAGACAAUGUGUUGUAAUCUGUAAUAGUGGCUACGGCUUCGCUAUCGAACCGAUGAAUUUCAAUGUUGUUAAUGACGAACUAUUGUUAAAAUGUAAUUUGGGCAAUCAUACAUGGGAGGACAAUAAUCUGCCGGAAUGUUCAGAAACCCAAGUACCAAAGACAAUAUCUCAGGAAGGAAACGUAAUAUUGCAAAAUAAUGGUAACACGAUAUGUGCCAACCAAACUACUCUUUAUGAAUUAAAUGAUCACAUCAACAACAAUUUGAAAUUGAAACUAAAUGAUAUUUGCGGUAAUGACGUUGAAUGUAAUUUAAUCAACUUCGAUCCUGAGUGCAAAGAUUUAUUAUCACCUGAGAAUUUCAAUGACAACCUGAUAAGAAAACGAAGAAACCAGCCCGAAAAUAAUCCCACGCGAUCUACAAAUAUUUUCAAAGACAAUCAAAUAAUAAUAAUCAAGAGACUGAGACGCACAAUCAAUUUUAAUUCUAAUUCCUAUCAAAAUAAAACUAGACCCAAACGAAAGAGGGAAAGGAUAGACAUUAAAUUCAAGUUCAUAGGCAGAAUAAUCAAUGAGAACUUCGAAAAUCCCAAACGAGGAGUGCAGAAAUUGCGAGAAAAAAUCAAUGCGAUGAUGCAGAUGGGAAAAUUAGAUUUACUCAAUAAUAGAACUAAUCAGGAGAUUGCCAAGCUCGCUUUGAAUUUACAUCUUGUAUUCAAGGAACCUCAAGGACUUUGCGAUCCUGGGAACAUGUUCAAGAAAUACAGCUGCGUGAAAUGCCCUACGGGUACUUUUCACAAUUCUACUACUAAAAUUUGUCAACCAUGUCCGUUCGGAUAUUAUCAAAAUACGACUGCUUCAUUGAAGUGCACACUCUGUCCGGAACAUACUUUUACGAAGAGGAUGCAUGCAAAAUCUCUAAAAGAUUGCAUUCCCAUAUGCCGAGCAGGAUAUUACUCUCGACGUAAACGCUACCAAGGCUCAGGUAUGGCCAUGGAGCCUUGUUUUACGUGUGACAUUGGCUUUUAUCAGCCAAAUUAUGGACAAACUCAAUGUAUGCCAUGUCCACUAAAUACAACAACUGAGAGACGUGGCUCAACAGAUAUCGGACAUUGCUUAUCACUGUACGACAAGGAAAUUGAUGAUUGUCGGGUGGACCCGUGCUUAAAUGGAGGUCGAUGUGUUCAGUCUGAAAAUGAUUUCGUUUGUGUAUGUCAAGAGUAUUAUGUAGGAUCGAAAUGUGAAAUGUUUAGAAAUCCAUGUGAUUCUUCCCCAUGUUUGAACGAAGGGGUGUGCAAAAUACAAAAAUAUUACAAUAAUUCUAUAACGUACAAUUGUACGUGUAAGAACAGUUAUACAGGUGUCAAUUGUGAGAUUUAUAUAGACGAAUGUUCUACUAAUCCUUGUGAAAACGGAGGAACAUGUGUGAGUACCGCAACCGAUUUCACCUGCAUUUGUAAGGAUGGAUUUGAAGGUCAAUUUUGCGAGAUAUCGAUGGAUCAUUGCGAACUUAUGCCCUGCGAGGAAGGAUCUAUAUGUCGCACUAUAGACGGGACCUGGAAAUGCUUCUGCAAGCCUGGAUUCCUGGGACGUCAUUGUAACUUGUUACCCUGCGACUGGUUGCCGUGUCACGCAAACGCGAUUUGCAUCAACGUCAAAGAAGCAAAUGCGACGCGAAGAAGUUACAGAUGCGAGUGUCCCGAUGGAUACACAGGGGAGGAUUGCACGACCAAGACCAACCACUGUGAAAGUUCGCCCUGCUUAAACAAUGGGAAUUGCAUUAACUACAUUUUCAAUUACACUUGCGACUGUCCCGUUCUUUUCACUGGACGCAAUUGCGAAACGGAACUGUCGUCUGAUUAUGCGAUACGCUUUACCAAGUCCGGCACUACGGAUUACGUCAUUAUGAAAGGACCUACGAAGGAUCUUUCUCAGUUGUCUGUUUGCUUAUGGUUACAUUCAGUAGACAGCUUCAAUUAUGGUACAGUGUUGUCGUACGCCACGACGUUCGACGAUAAUGUUUUCACUCUGACGGACUAUAAUGGAUUUGUCUUGUACAUUAACGGGGAGAAAGUCGUCACCGAUAUUAAAGUUAACGAUGGUUACUGGCACUUUUUAUGCGUUACUUGGGAGAGUGAGUCUGGCUCCUGGCGUGUGUUCAUCGAUGGUAUUCUCAAGGACAGCGGUGUUAAUUUAGCUCAAGGAACCGUCAUACAAGCCAAUGGAUCUCUUGUUAUCGGGCAAGAGCAGGAUCGCCUGGGCGGUGGAUUUUCCGAGGCGGAAGCGUUCUUGGGAAAGCUUAGCUUGCUGGAUAUGUGGGAAACCGUGUUGAACGAACAUAAUAUCACAACGUUGUGGAACAGUUGUGAACAAUAUCAUGGGAACGUCGUAGCAUGGGCACACGUACGACAAUACAUUCAUGGCGACGUUUUGAUAUUAGCAAGCCCGUUUUGUCGUGGCUGCCCUUUACCCGUAGUGCCUUUCAAAGGUAACUUUAACGUGAGCGAAGAUUUGUCAGAGGUAACGUACUACUGUGACAACGGAUACGUAAUUCGGUUUGGCGGCAAGGAAUACAAAUCCUUCAAGAGAAAAUGUCUUAAGCACGGUCAAUGGGAAGGAUAUGACACACCGACUUGUACAAAAAUAAAGUGCGGCUUUCCGGGAAACUUCCCACGCGGAUACAUUCAAGGCAGAUCAUAUUCAUUCGGAGAUAAAAUAUAUUACUUUUGUGCCAAUGGCUAUGAGCUGCGGGGGAAUCCUCAUCGAAUUUGCAAUUCCGAUGGGAAGUGGAUAGGAGUGCCUCCGAUUUGCAUAGGUACAACAUGCAAAAACUUGCUCGCACCGGAAAAUGGAGAUAUAGAAUACAUAUUGGAGGAAAAUGAAAGGGACGACAUCACGAUACUGCAGGCUGGCCAACAAUUGGAAUUUAAAUGUAAUCUUGGGUACCAUUUGGUGGGAGAAAGAUAUUUGACAUGCUUAGAAACUGGAAUUUGGGAUCAUGACAGGCCAACUUGUAUACCUUAUGGAUGUCCGUCGCCAAAACGAUUAGAACACGGGUACAUCAGCUUCCAGAAUUCCGACAAGUUUGAGAAUGGAACUUUUAUUUAUAAUCCUGAAGAAAAUACAAUAGACGAUCUUUCAGGAAGAACGUAUUAUUAUGGUGAUGUUAUUAGUUUCUCUUGCCAUAAGAGCUACAGAUUCCGUGGAAGUAACAGUUCAUUAAUGGAAUUCAAACUCCAAUGUUCUGAUAACGGUACUUGGACGGGUUUCAUUCCCGAUUGCGUACCACGUGUAUGUCCCUGGCCAGCUCCCAUGAAAGAUGCAAAUAUCUUCCUCAAAAAGCAAGAUAAUACUACAAUGAAAAUUCCGAUGAGGAAUGAUACAAUAUCGGAUAACGAUUAUUUAGAGGAGAAUAGCGAAGGUACAGCGGUAAGGAAAGUUUCUCCGGAAAUGUUCGUUUCCGGUGUAGAAAUCAUCAUUGUCUGCGAUCCGGGAUACGAAUUAAUCGGAGACGAAGUCAGAACAUGUACCGAGGAAGGAAGUUGGUCAUCAGCUUCCGCUUUCUGCGAGCUUCGCAACUGUUCCUUCGGGGAUCAUCCGAUUCUUAAAUUUUUCACAAAAUUAUGGGACAAAGAGUAUUUCAAGAACGAUACAAAUAUUGCACAGCUUGAAUUCGAUGAGAAAUGGAACAGUGUGGGAAACAUCACGGGCACAUAUAAGAAUUUCGAAGUACUUAUCGAAGGGAAAAGUUACAGGCAACGAAUAGCCUUAUCGUGUCGUAAUAAUACGCGAAUGAAUUUAAAUGGGAUCAUUACUAAUGUAACUACUUCGAACAUAACAUGGAUUUGUAAUGAGACUGCGAAAUGGGAGAUCUUGAAUUUAUCGUUACAGCAAUAUAUAUUCAGCGAACGACUGUUGAACGAUUCGCUACAGGUCUGCGAUAGAUCAUGUGCGUUCCCACAGAUACCAGAACAUGGAUAUAUAGACAACAAUAAUAACACCGACAUGGAUAUUAAUGGUCGCAAGGCAGUGGACAGUGUCAUCACUUUCAAGUGUCGUCACGGAUAUAUACUUCAGGGUAAUAAAGAAUCAAUCUGUUUGUCCGACGGUACGUGGUCUGCUUUACCUUUCUGCAAAGCUGUAGUAUGCGGAGAACCACCUAUCCUUGCUAAUGCAAUAUUGAAGAAAGAUAUCGACAGAACUCAAAAUUUCACUUUUGGCAACAUGGUUUCUUAUCAAUGUGUGCCAGGGUAUCGUAUAUUUGGACAAGCAAGCUUAAGAUGUCUAGGAAGCGGAAAAUGGUCCAGAAUGAAUGGCAAAUGUUCAAAAAUAUCAUGUGGUAAGCCACAGAUCCAAUAUGGAAUCGUACUUCGUGGUCGUUCAUAUUUGUUCCAAGAUCAACUAAUUUAUGUGUGUCCUGAUAACAAAGAACAAGGAGUAAUAACGUGUCAAGCUGAUGGAAAAUGGAGCGGAUUAUUGAAAUGCGACGGAAGUAAAAGCAUGUAACUCGCUUGUAACAAUGGCUAAGAAAAUUCGAUGCAA